CGGCGGUGGGGGGGACGCACUCGGAUUGCGUUUGCGUUUUCCACCUCCUCCGCCUUCCCUCCACCUGCGAUGUCGUGCGGCGGACUCUCCGAGCCAAAGGCAGCUACUGCAGAGACUCAGCAAAUCUCGCAGGAGAUAAAGUCACAACUGGAAGAAAAAGAAAGCAGGAACUUUACCAUCUUCAAUGCUGUUUCAUAUAAAACACAAGUGGUUGCUGGAGUAAACUAUUUCAUCAAGAUCCAUGUGGGGAAUGAUGAGUACUUUCAUGUGCGAGUGUACCAAAGGCUCCCGCAUGAAAACAAGCCGGUGGAGCUCACUAAUUACCAGAGCAAGAAAGAAAAGCAUGAUGAUUUGACUUACUUCUGAAGAGUUAUUUAGGAGUUCUUUUCUCCUGUUACAUUCCUGUGGGGUGUAUAUACAGAUAUCUCUAUAAGUGUAGUGCUUAAUUUGCAAAAGUUAAAAAAAAAUACCAUUUUUUUACAAAGAUGUUACUGUUAAAUCUGCACGCGUUUUAAUUCUAUUAAAAACAAAUGAUACAUUA